UUCGAAACCAUCUUUGGUGUAAAUAUCAGACAUGAAUGUAGACAGGACAAAAUGAUCAGAGUUGUAAUUGUAAUGUUGUGUAAUAAUACAAAUGUUGGCACGCAAUGGAUAUAAUGGAGAAGGUUGAAAUUAAUUUCAAACAGGGGCACACCAAAUCAACAUUGCAGAAGUAGCCUACUGUUCAUAAUACACAUUUCUACAUACUCCUCUUCCAAGAUCAAAAGUUGAACAAAAAUAGAUGCAGAGCAGGGCGGGGAAUUAAAUUCGCUAACAGUCCACUCCAUAUUUUGUGAGACACGACGGACGCUGGUUUACUGCAGAGGUUUUGAGAGGAGAAAAAACCGAGCGUGACAAAACAUUGACCGAAAUUACUCGACGAAUUACUGUGCCAUAACCUUGCAACGAAACAUUUCCAACAGUCCAAGUUGCUAUCCUGACGGAACAGACUCAAUUUAGCAGUGCAAGCGGAGCGAGUGAAACCGUGAGAACGAAAGCUUCGAGAGCGACAUAAACCCCAGCCAGCGGUCUCCAUUUUAACUUCGAGUCCGAUCUAUGCCUCACGUGUCUUGGACUGUCUCUCUCACAUGACCCGAGUGUUUGUUCCCGUGAUCAGCACUUCCAUCUACGCGUCCGUGUCACUGAAUAUCACAUUUUAUUCCAACCCUGAUGGAUUUGCACCUCGAACAGAGUCUGGACACCGCGACAAGUCACGAAAAACAAGAGGAGGAGGUCGUCCAAUUAGAAGACGGGGAAGGGGAGCAGACUGCAGUUACCAUAGGCAGUAUUCAGCAGGCCCAGGCAUUCGCGGACCACAACAUUCAGUACCAGUUCCGCUCUGAGGGUGGUCAGGUGACUUACCGUGUUGUCCAGGUAACUGACCAGCAGCUGGAGGGGAGAGAUGACGGGGGAGGGCCGGUUAGCGUGGUCUCCACGGCCGCCUUCCCCGGCGCUCCUCAAGCAGUGGCCCAGGCUGUGAUCCAGAACCCUUUCAGUAAUGGGGGUAGCCCCGUGGGAGAGACGCUGGGAGGGGAGACGCGCUUCGCCUACUUCCCAGCUACGGCUGUGAGCGAUGGCACUGUGUCUGUGCAGACCACCUCCGACCCCACACAGGCCGGGGGUCAGUUCUACGUGAUGAUGACCCCUCCUGACGUCUUGCAGACAGGCACACAGCGAACCAUAGCUCCGCGCACACACCCCUACCCUGAAGACGAAACCGAGAUGCUGCAACAUGACGGUUUAAACUGGAAAAUGGAUGGCCCACGGACACCCAGAGAUGAAAGGAGGAGAGCUCAACACAAUGAAGUUGAGAGGCGGCGGAGAGACAAGAUCAACAAUUGGAUCGUCACGCUCUCCAAAAUCAUCCCCGACUGCAACAUAGACAGCACCAAGACGGGGGCUGUAAGUCACUCUAGUAAAGGGGGCAUCCUGUCUAAGGCGUGUGACUACAUCCGAGAGCUCCGUCAGAAUAACCAGAGGCUCCUGGACGGUGUCAAAGAGGUGGAGAGAGUACAGCUGGACAACGAGCUCUGCAGACAGCAGAUCGAGGAGCUGAAGAAUGAGAAUGCCCUUCUCCGAGCGCAACUCCAGCAGCACGGCAUCGAGAGCGUGGGCGAGACGCCGCCACAAUGAACGAGGGAGACUGGGAGAGCAGGAUGGGUAGAAGGAAGAGGAGAACGAGGCAGACUGGGGACGACACGUAGGAACAGAACAAAAUGAACGAGCUACUGACGAAUCACUGUUUUUCAGUCGCAGACAGUCUUCCCUGGCCUUGUCUUUGAGGCUGUAUCCGAGACUCUUGGCAGGCUCCUGCUGCUUUGUCGGCUGCACUUGACUGAUCCAAGAUCAGUCGAAAUGACAAAAGAAGCCACCAUGUAGACAAUAGACAUGUCUCAGAGAGAGAACCAGUCACAACCAGCAGAGAAACCCUCUACUAGCCCAGAGAAACCCUCUGCACAACUCCUCCCUCCGUUGACGUUGGAUAUUUUGUUAUUGAGUUGUUUUCCCAUUCUCUUCAGUCAUAUUUUAUUUUAGUCUGUAUUUGUGGUUGAGGUUCAUAUUACCAUUUUUGUUACGUUAGCGGUUUUAAUUUAUUAGUUUGUGUAUUGUUAAAAAUAUUCCCAGAAAGACUCAUUUAGGAAAUCCCAUGUAUCCUAGAGGAAUAGAUGAUGUAUGAGUGAGUGGUAGGCUACCAGCCAGUAGAACAGAAACACGAUACAAAUAAACCACUGCAUUGCAGAACUAGGUGAAACAAUGCCUUGAUAGUUGGCAAUAUUAUUAGGUGUUUUCAAAAGUGACACCGAUAUACAGUGAGCUCAAAGUAUUGGGACACGACAUUGUUUUGGCUCUGUUCCCCAGCACUUUGAAAUGAUACAAUGACUGAGGUUCAAGUGCACACUGUCAGCUUUAGUUUUGGUGUAUUUUCAUCCAUAUCGGGUGAAGCGUUUUAGAAAUUGCAGUACUUCUUGUACAUUGUCCCCCCCUUUUUAAGGGACCAAAAGUAUUUGGAUGUAUUCAUGUGUAUUAAAGUAGUCAAAAGUUAAGUAUUUCGUCCCAUAUUCCUAGCACGCAAUGAUUACAGAAAGCUUGUGACUCUACGAACUUGUUGGAUGCAUUUGCUGUUUGUUUCAGAUAAUUUUGUGCCCAAUAGAAAUCAAUGGUAAAUAAUGCAUUGACAUUUUGGAGCCACUUUUAUUGUAAAUUAGUUUCUAAACACUUCUACAUUUUAAUAUGGAUGCUACCAUGAUUACGGAUAGUCCUGAAUGAGUCGUGAAUAAUGAGUGAAAGUUCGACGCACAGAUAUCAUACCUCCAAGACAUGCUAACCUCUCCAUUACAAUAAUGGGAGGUUAGCAUUGGGGGGGGGGUGUUGUUAUGAUGUUUAUGCCUCUAACUUUCUCACUCAUCAUUUAUCACGAUUCAUUCAGGACUAUCCGUAAUCAUCAAACGCAACCAAACAAACAGCAAACGCAUCCAACUAGUUUGAAUAGGCACAAGCUUGAUGUAAUCACUGCGUGCUAGGAAUAUGGGACCAAAUACUAAACCUUUUGAGUACUUUAAUAUACAUACAUGAAUUUGUCACAAUACUUUUGGUCCCAUAAAACCAGAGGGGGGGAGGGGUUGGGGGGGCUUACUAUGUACAAAAAGUGCUUUCUAAACAGCACCCGAUAUGGAUGACAAUCCCCUCAAAUGAAAGCUGACAGUCUAUAUUCUAACCUCAGUCAUCUUCUCAUUCCAAAUCCAAAGUGCUGGAGUACAGAGCCAAAACAACAAGAAAUGUGUUGAUGUCCCAAUACUUUGAGCUCACUAGCUCAAGGAUGCAAUUUUGGUGUACCCGGAGGAAUAGCUGUGCUUUGCCCAAUAUCACAGUUUACAGUGCUUGCAUUAACAGACCUGUUUUUAAAAUAGCAUCCAUGCAACAUUAUAUAAAUGUUUCAUGUUGAAGUAAAGCCAAUGGCCACUGGCGUUAGUGGGAAAUUUAAAUGGUAAUCAAUAAUUCAUUUACUGUACUUUUGGCCCUUUUCUACAAUUAUGCAAUUUAAUACACAAUCUUUAAGGCUGGUUUGAGACUGUGGCCGGGUUAGAUUUGAUAGACCACUGGUACGGCCUCUGAAAGGUGAGCUCUUAAAAUGUCACCUGACAUAUGAAGUGAGUGCAAAUGUAAGUGAUUCUGGGUGGAACAUCACAGGCUGUAUCCAAAAUGGCACCCUAUUAUGUAGUGAUUUAUGUAGGGGAUAGGGUGCCAUUUCAGACACUGCUGAGUUUUUAAUUUCAACAUUGUGUCACGUUAAACUCACUCUUGAGAAAGCGCAUUGAGUUCACUGCUAAGCUAAAUUUAGCGGCUACAGAAGUCUGGAUGUUUUUUUGCAAAUGUGUGUAUGAUGUUUCUGUGUCUUGAUAUGUGUAAGAAUAACCACAAGUAUCAUGUCUAGUGUUUUGGCUUUUAUUUUUGUAACCAACGCAUCAAAUGGAGCUUAAUGCAACCCAAGGAAAAAGACUCUCUGGAGAGAAUAAAUGAACCAGCUCAAGAUAUAAACCAAGAACAGAGAAACUUCCCGUCCUUGCACUUCGUAUCUGCUCUGAAUUUCCUCUCCUUGCAAACAGUAAUGGUUGCUAAUAAAGACUUAGGAAAACAUUUAAUCUCAGACACUCUUUCAGUCAUCUAGGACAAUAACCAAGUUGAAAUGCUUUCAACGUGCAAACAGGCAAGUUGAUGAUAAUACCAAUGUUAUUGAUGACUGGAUUUGCGUCAUGUAUUUUCUUCUGAAAUUGGGGAAUGGGAAUAGGUACAUUUGUGUUUUAGUCCCUAAUCAGGGAGUUUUAGACCUGUACUGUCUGGCUCCGGAAUCAGCAAAGCAGCACUAAUACUCAACCCUGUGAAAAGUCAUGUAUACUCAAUGAUUCCACCUCGACAAGCUCUCCUUUUGCUUUUGCUUUGUAAGUGCAAAAUAAAAUUGUUACCCUGUUUUGCUCGAAACUGUCUCUUAGAACUGUUGCUCUUCAGCUGAAUAUAGCCGAAGUUGACUGAUGAUGUCGAAUUCUACACAUCUAGUGGGAAGUGAGCACUGUCAAUUAUGGUGAAAAUAAUAAGGUAGCGGAAGGAAAUUGUUGGCUGUAGUUCAUUUUGUUUGUUUUCUUUUUUGAAAUGGCAAACACAAAAUUUACCAGCCUGUAGCAGAUGUGCUGUUCUCAGGUUAGAUUAUAAGACUUUUCUAAGUAAAAUGGACAGAAAAAAUAAAUAAUUGACUUGAUAAUAACCUUGUCA